CUCAUUUAUUAUACCCGAUUCAUGGCGAGAGAGUUCAAGUUAGAAUUGAAUACGAGAUUAGGAAAGAAGAUAUUGAAAAAAAUUUCGAUGAGAGGCUAAAAAAAGUUCAAGAGUACAUUAAGGAGCAUAAUGUCGAAGCUAUUAGUUUGACUGAUAAAGACCAAUUAUUUAUUAAGUAUGAGGACAGUGAAGAAAUUGAGGUGAUUGUGCUUAACGACUCUUUAGAAAAAUUUUUUGAACAGUUAAUUAAAGAAAUUAAAGAAGUGGGCGAAUUGAAGAUUUUUAAGGGAGAUAAAAAAAAUAUUCAUGGAAUAAUAAUCAAUAAAAAAGAUGAAAGUG